AUGCGAAAGUCUGUAUCCGACGUAGCCGUCUUUGAUACCGAUGAUGGCCCUUUCAUCAUUGUGGGUGUUUACUGUCUCUGGCAGUCCUGUAUCUCGCUUACUGUGACACGUUCUCUCUCUCAGUCUGACCCAGGAGAGUACCGUAAAGUCGUACACCAAGCGGGCUACGCCAUUCAAUGGGAGAUUGCACGCCAGCAAAACGCCGGGAAUAUGAUAUGGGAUAUCAUAGGCUACGAGGGAAUGGUUGCGCUCGCUGAGAAAAGCGAUGCGGAAGGCAUUGCAGUACUCGCGAAGAAGCAGCCAUCCGACGGGAAGGCAGAUUUCGAGUCCGCCUUCUCUCUUGAGAAGGGUGCUAAGGAUCCAUGGGUCGAAUCCGAUCGUGAGCGAGAAGUCAUGCGUUUGGCAAAAGGCAGCCCAUUCUACCUCUCCGACCCGCAAGAUAACAACUGGUUUGGUGGCAAAAUUCAUUAUGGCAUAAGACUUACAUUCCAGAAGGUUAAGAGCAAGGGUCCGGCCCCAGAAUUCGUACCUCGUUUGCAGCUUGAGCGUGCCUGCCUAGGGACCUCAGAUCAGAUCACUCGUCGGUUCGGUUCUCAUUCCGUCGUACGGGUCCGCAUGAACAAGAACGCCGUUCACGGGCACGGCGAGGUUCUACGAAGACUCUUUCUUCGACCCUUCGUCAUCGGAGGCCAUGUGUUUCGAGCUUUCAACGUCAAAGAGCACGCUGUGCAACUCAUCAUGACGAACGAAACCGUGGAGGAGCUAAAUAGCAAGAAUGCACAGGCCGACCGAACCACAAAAUAUCAGAGCUGGUGCUCUGGUCAGGACUUCCUCGAGUUCAUAAAUUGGUACAACCCCUUGCAGCUUAAUUCGGAACAAACCAUGGCCAAAUGGAGUGCUCGUUUGAGCCUUGGCCUAUCGACAUCGAUUCCUGGUAUUCGAAUUGAUCCGACGCAUCUUCAUCACAUUCCCGAUAUAGUCUCGGAAGGAUACAAGGGGGAAGGCAAAGCUCCUGCCGAUUUGACCAUGACAGAUGGCUGUGGUCUGGCGAACUAUGACUUUUUCCGCGCUCUGCAACAUCAGUUCCAUUGGAGGACAGUUCCUCUUGCGGUACAGAUGCGGCUCAAUGGGGCUAAGGCGAAGGUCGUAAAGAAAGCAAACACGACGUCAUUCAGCAAGUACCGCGUCAAUGUACCUAUGUCCUGUUCUGCAUGGGCUGUCCCAGAUCCGACGGGUGUGCUAGAGGCUGGCGAGAUCUACGUGGAGUCUUCUGCGCCUCUAUUGAGCGCCGAUGGCAAGACCGAGGCCGAUGUCAUCGUCGGUGACGUACUGAUCACCAGGCACCCAUGCAAAGUUCCAUCGGACGUACAGAAGGUCAAAGCAGUGAAUCGCCGUGAGCUACGUGGCUACAAGGAUCUUGUUGUUGUCUCGACCAAAGGGCAUCGUGUCCAGACGCAGCUCUUGGAUAGACAUCUGCUAAGCAUGCUCGGUGGCGGCGACUACGACGGCGAUCGCGUUCAAGUCUUCUGGAAUCCAGAGCUCGUCGACGGCUUCCAGCCCGCCGAUCCGGCAUUCGCGACGCCCCCGAAAUCUGUUGAGCUCGGCCUCGAGAAGAACACCGAGUCUGUUGAGUCAUUCCUACGGAGAGUACCUGACACUGCGCCCCGGAAGCAACGAAUCUUCGAGUUACAACGCGUGUUGCUCGGUCCACUGCAGAACACUUCUCUCGUGGGAAAAUACUCCACUUUUUGGGAAAAUGCCGUAUACCAGCACGGGUACGGCUCGACAGAAGCCAUCCGCCUGGCAUAUCUAUUUUGUGCUGUUCUUGAUGGUUCCAAAACCGGUGUCACGGUCAAGGCCGAACAGUGGGGCAAGGACAAGAAGCACUACGAAGCCCAAGGGAAGCCAGCAUGGAAA